UUUCUGCUCGGCUCUCCAUCCACUCCUUCUCGCCACCACCACUGCCACUCCAAAAUCUGCCCGUUUUUUGGGACUCAAUUUCCGAAAAAACUUCAAAAUUUAAUCCACGACCGAAAAAAUGGCCUUCUCCAUUGCGCGCUGCUCAUCCAAAGUCGCCAGACUAGGCACCAUCCAGCAGAAAUUAUGGCUGCACACAUCCCCAGCCUUCCAGUCUGCGGAGAUCUCUGCGAUUUUGGAAGAGCGGAUUUUGGGCGCAGCGCCCAAAGCGGAUUUGGAGGAGACUGGUCGUGUCCUCAGUAUUGGUGACGGUAUCGCUCGUGUCUACGGGCUAAAGAACAUCCAGGCCGAGGAGAUGGUGGAAUUCUCCGCCGGUCUCAAGGGCAUGGCGUUGAACUUGGAGCCUGACAACGUCGGUGUCGUCGUCUUCGGUAACGACAAGCUCAUUAAGGAGGGUGAUAUCGUCAAACGAACUGGUGCCAUUGUGGACGUCCCAAUCGGUGAUGAGCUUCUUGGCCGAGUCGUCGACGCUUUGGGCAACCCCAUCGAUGGAAAGGGUGCUUUCAAGGGAGGAAAGAGGGCCCGAGUCGGAGUCAAGGCGCCCGGCAUCAUCCCCCGCGUGUCUGUCCGAGAGCCUAUGCAGACCGGGAUUAAGGCCGUCGACUCGCUCGUCCCGAUCGGUCGAGGUCAGCGAGAGUUGAUCAUUGGGGAUCGUCAAACGGGCAAGACCUCCGUCGCCAUUGACACCAUCAUCAAUCAAAAGCGGUUCAACGAUGCGGGCGACGAGAAGAAGAAGCUGUACUGCAUUUACGUCGCCAUUGGGCAAAAGAGAUCCACCGUGGCGCAAAUCGUGAAGCGAUUGACGGACGCGGACGCCAUGAAGUAUACCAUCGUCGUAUCUGCCACUGCCUCUGAUGCCGCUCCACUGCAAUACUUGGCCCCAUAUUCGGGCUGCGCGAUGGGAGAACAUUUCAGGGACAAUGGCAAACACGCUUUGAUCAUCUUUGACGAUUUGUCUAAGCAGGCUGUGGCUUAUCGUCAAAUGUCCCUGCUGCUUCGUCGUCCCCCAGGUCGUGAAGCUUACCCCGGUGACGUUUUCUACCUUCAUUCACGUCUUUUGGAGCGAGCCGCCAAGAUGAACGAGACACACGGCGGUGGUUCCCUCACUGCGCUGCCAAUCAUUGAAACUCAGGCCGGAGAUGUGUCAGCCUACAUCCCAACUAACGUCAUUUCCAUUACUGAUGGACAAAUCUUCUUGGAAACUGAGUUGUUCUACAAGGGUAUCCGACCUGCUAUCAACGUCGGUUUGUCUGUGUCACGUGUAGGGUCAGCUGCCCAGACCAAGGCUAUGAAACAAGUCGCUGGUUCCAUGAAGUUGGAGUUGGCUCAGUAUCGUGAGGUCGCAGCUUUCGCCCAGUUCGGUUCAGAUUUGGAUGCGUCAACACAACAACUGUUGAACCGUGGUGUUCGGCUCACCGAGUUGUUGAAGCAAGGUCAAUACGUUCCAAUGGCCAUUGAGGAGCAAGUCGCCGUCAUUUACUGCGGUGUACGAGGUCACAUUGAUAAAUUGGACCCAGCAAAGAUCACUGCUUUCGAAAAGAGUUUCUUAGAGCACAUUAAGGCUUCCCAUCAAGACGUACUAAAGUCAAUUGCUACCGAGGGAAAAUUGUCAGAAGGUACGGAUGCUAAACUUAAGAAAAUUGUAACCGAUUUCAUGGCCACCUUCCAAGGAUAAAUACGAAGCGUGCGCGUGCAAAGUAAUAACUAUAACGUAAAUACACUGUAAUUAACUAUGAUUUAAAGUUAUAAAUUAAAAAUUCCUUCCCAUAUUAAUUGGAGCUUUAGUUUACAGUUUAGUAAAUGAAACAGAGAGAGUAAGAGUGAACAGAAAUUCAUGUUCAAAAACAUAAAAAAAUCGAUGAAGUGUGUAGUAGUCAAUGACUUAUCUAUAAUAAAUAAUUUUUGGUUGAA